UUUCCAAGCGGGAAGCGUUGCGGCGAGCUUGAUUCGGUGUGCGUUCGCGAGUUAGUGCGUCUUAUGGUGGCAGACGGCCCGCAUGCACAUCGCUCUACCUCCUCGGGUUCUUUCCACAGCGACAGCCCCACGGCGUUGUGCGACGAGAGGACCAUGUCGAUGAACGACGUGUACGUGCUGCGGCCCUUCAAGCUGAUCGCGCUGCUGUGCGUCUUCCUGGCGCUGUGCCUGGACCUGGUGGCGCUGCUCAGUCCGGCCUGGGUCACAGCCGACCACUUCUCCCUGUCCCUGUGGGAGUCAUGCUCCCAGUCCGAGGCGAGGCAGCCGGACGAGGAGGCUUCGUGGAGCUGCUUCUCCACUCUCACUUCAGACUGGCAAAUUGCCACCCUCGUGCUGCUCGUGGGCGGCGCCGCCGCAACCCUGGUGGCCUUUCUGGUGGGCCUCAUUUCGCUGUGCCGCGGGACGCAGAGGAAGCACUACCGCACCGUGGCCGUCUUCCUCUUCACUGCAGUUGUGCUGCAGGCCUGCGCGCUGGUCCUGUACCCGAUCAAGUUCAUCGACGGGACGGUUCUGCAAACGUAUCACGAAUUCAACUGGGGCUACGGCCUCGGCUGGGGCGCCACCAUCUUCAUGCUGGGCGGCGGAGUCCUCUUCUGCCUGCGGACGGACAUAUACGAGGAUGCCAUGUACUGACGCCUCGCGCGCCGCCCUUCAUCAGAACACACGUCGAAAUUCUUUGGACAGCCGGUGUGUAUAGGAGCAUGGACGUAAAUUCUGUUCUCUGGCUCUCUCUGGUUAUUUUUAGUCAGGUUGCGAAGGUCUCGAGUAGGACAGGUUUCUUUGAGUAGAACCCCGUCAGUUUCCUAUCAACGCUCCCUCUCCCAUUUGUUCACAAACGUGUCCCUCAGCCUGGCCGUUGUCGGAGUGAAGUGGUGACCUUUUGGGACGCCCACCCAUUUCCACUGCACGGGGGCCUGGAUGUCUGUUGUUUGGACAAAAUGGACAGUAGGGUCGGAAUAUUUCAAGGCAGCAGUGCAUUGCCGUGUUGCGGCCUUUUAAUUUGGGCCUCUUCUUUUGUAGCAUGACAACGAGGAGCUUGUCGGUGUAUUCGUGGUGCCAUUUUUUCCUGCAUUUUGCCUGAAACAUAUCAUAGAGUGUCUUCUGUCGUCACGGCUUUUAUGUAAUAUGCUGGAGCUACUGUAUUUAUAGUUUGUGUGUCUCUGAUGGAAAUGUAAAUGUGUAAAAAAGUGUUUGUACACGAAGGACUUUGCUGAAUAAAAAGUGUCGUUUUGAGGUAUGAGGA